CCACCCCGCCCCUGCGGUUCGCGGCGCCCCCAGCCGGCGGCCUGUCCUACCCCGAGGUCCCGGCCGCCGCGCUCCGGAAGCCCAGCCUCGCAGCCCGGGGUCCCGGGGAGGCUGGAGUGCGCUCCGCAGCAUCUGGGAGAGCCUGUCCGGCCGGUGGUGGACUCCCCAGGGCGGGCCCCCUCUGCUCUCUCGCACCUCAAGUUCUUGCAGUCAGUGGGACAGCGCUGCCGCUGACCAUGCCGUCUUUCCUGGAAGAGAAGUCGGCUUUCCUGUGGCUGUCACACAUCGACUCCCCGUCUCCCGUCCUGAGCCACACAGAGCAGGUUGACGCCCCUGUCGGGCCAGCCCUGGAGAGAUGAGAGGUGGCCUUUAGGUGCCCCCUGAACGGCUUUAACAGAGCGGAAUCCUCCAGGGCCCUUGUUUUUCAAAUUGGAAGUUUGGUUAAGACACAAACUGGUUUGCCCGUGUUCAGCCGCCCACAUGACCUCUCCCCUCCACCAGGUUGGGGUGAGAAACAGGACCUCUCUCUGAAGUCGUCGGGAGGGGCGUGUGCAAUGUGUUCUUGUUCUCUCUUCCCCCCAUGUCUCCAAAGCCGUGAGCUGAAGUGUGUGAAGUGCUCGGAAGGCCUGCCGGUGGUGGUGAUCCGAGCAGGGGACGCCUUCUGCAGGGACUGUUUCAAGGCGUUCUACGUCCACAAGUUCAGAGCUGUGCUUGGGAAGAACCGGCUGAUCUUUCCAGGAGAGAAGGUGCUCCUGGCGUGGUCUGGGGGGCCUUCGUCGAGCUCCAUGAUCUGGCAGGUCCUUGAGGGCCUGAGUCGAGAUUCUGCCAAAAGACUGCGUUUUGUGCCAGGGGUUGUCUACGUUGAUGAGGGAGCAGCCUGUGGACAGAGCCUGGAGGACAGAGCCAAAACCCUAGCCGAGAUGAAGCUGAUCCUGCAGACAGUUGGUUUUCCCUGGCACAUUGUUGCCUUAGAAGAGGUGUUCGGCCUGCCGCCAUCUGUGCUUCGCUACCUUGACCAGGAGCCCUCAGGGACCAAGGGGGCCUAUAAGGCAGCUGUGGACAGUUUCCUCCAGCAGCAGCAUGCACCAGCCCAAGGGGAGGAGCAGCUGAGCCAGCCUGGCUCCCAGGACCCCCAGAGCCCAGCUGGGCUCCCCACAGCUGCCCAGACCGAGGCUCAGCCACCCACAGCUGCCCAGACCGAGGCUCAGCCACCCACAGCUGCCCAGACCAAGGCUCAGCCACCCACAGCUGCCCAGACCGAGGCUCAGCCACCCACAGCUGCCCAGACCGAGGCUCAGCCACCCACAGCUGCCCACACCGAGGCUUUAUCUAGACUUUUCGACUCAGUGAAGACACUGACAGCCAAGGAGGAGCUUCUUCAGACCCUGCGAACCCACCUGAUUCUGCACGUGGCCCGGACCCAUGGCUACUCCAAGGUGAUGACGGGGGACAGCUGUACCCGCCUGGCCAUCAAGCUCAUGACUAGCCUGGCGCUGGGGAGAGGGGCCUUCCUGGCCUGGGACACGGGCUUCUCUGAUGAGAGGCAUGGUGACGUGGUGGUGGUGCGGCCCAUGCGCGACCACACACUGAAGGAGGUCGCCUUCUACAACCGCCUGUUUGCUGUGCCCUCUGUCUUCACACCAGCUAUCGACACCAAGCAUCCUUGGAGCGUAUACAGGAUAUCCCUUGGAGUUGGAGGACAGGCCCCGGAGAAGUCCAGCAUCCACCGGCUUAUGGAAGCCUUCAUGCUCAGGCUGCAGGCCCAGUUCCCCUCCACAGUCAGCACUGUGUACAGGACGAGUGAGAAGCUGGUCAAGGCCCCAAGGGAUGGCAAUGCUGGUGGCCCCCCAGGCCCCCGCUGCCUGCUCUGCAUGUGUGCACUGGACAUCGACACUGCUGAUAGUGCCACGGCUUUUGGGGCCCAGACCUCACAUCUCUCCCAGAUGCAGCCCCCCACCCCACCAGCUGAGGCACCCACAACACCCUGCUGCUCUGCAGGGGUGGGCAGGGCCCAGGGCUGUUGCCGGGGGGCUGAGCCCUGCGGGAGGGAGGACCCCCGAGCCACUGUCAUCGAGCAGCUAUGCUACGGGUGCCGUGUGAACAUGAAGGACUUGCCUUCCUUGGACCCCCUGCCACCCUACAUCCUGACUGAGGCCCAGCUCCGUAGCCAGAGGGCCUCGGUCUUGCAGGAGAUACAGGAGUAUCUGAUUGACAGUGAUGAUGAGGCGCAGACCGGUGAGAGCUGAGCCUCAGGAUGGACCCUCGGGACCACCCCGCCUGGACCUCUGCCAUGCUGGAGCAGGACACAGGGAUGGGCAGGCAGCGUGCUGUCAUCUGUUUGUAUAAAUAAAAGUUUUAAUUAAAAAAA